AUGCCGACGAGUGCCGUUUAUCAACCUACAACAGUGACUUAUGAGCAGCAGCCAAAUGAUCAGCGGUGGAACUGUCCCAUCAGCUACUUUUCACGACGCGUGACAAGUAGUUUGAAUCGAGCAGUAUGCGUGCGGCUUGGAUUAUGUUUAAUGGGCAGCACACUUUUCAUCAUUGGCCUUGCUCUACUUAUCGCUGGCGGGGUGCAGAUGUCGAAUGCCGGUACGUCGACACAGCACGGCGCCGAUGAUGGUCUAGGCGCUCUCAUAGCUGGCGGCGUUAUACUGUGCCUGGGGCUACUUUUCGCCGGUAUCGGCGGUUGGGCAUGGUCGGCCAGAUGGGGCGGCGGGAAGGAGGCCCCGCCGAGCGGCGCGGCAGCCCUGACCGCCCUCAACCCCUCCACCGACCCCCUGGUGGCGGCCCAGUACGCGCCAGUCAGGGACGCCCCCCCCGCCCCGGACGACGAGAUGCGCAACCUCAUGGACAACAAGGAGUGUCUGAGCAGCGCGGAGGAGAGCGAUAAAAUGCUAGACGGGCGGCCUUCGGUGGCG